AUGCUCCAACAUUAUCCGCACUACUUCUUUAUUAUAUUUAUAAUUUGCCCAACACUGGCAACAGCAGCACGUCCAACAUUUAGUUCCAUAUUUCAAUUGUCCAAAGGUGGAUAUACGGAUACACGCACUGGUUUACCACUACAAACACAAAUGAUUAAACAAACGUUAAAUUCAACAAAAAAUGAUUUAUUGAAACAAUCAAAAGCUGGGGGUGCAACAACAUCAUCUGCACAUAUGACCAUCGAUCAACUGAAAUCGGUUCAAAUAAAUGCAACAACAAAACUGAAUCCAACAGCAUGUAUUGCUUUAAAUGCAAUACAAGCUUUACAAUCUGUUUUAUGUCUAUAUAAUAAUACACAGUUAUUAUUAACAUUUGAUACAACAACCAAUAGUGCUUAUAGCUAUCAACAAUGGAUAAAAUUAAAAAUACCAUAUAUUAAUGGUGGUAAAGAAUGGAAUUGCACGAAUAUAACAACUGGUCAGACAAUGAUAAUUAUGAUGAAAAUAAAAGAGAAUACAAUUAAAUUAAAUAAAAAUAAAAUCAUAAUUAAUACGACAAAUGAAACAAAUAUAAGUCCAGUUGUUUGUUUUGAUAAUAUAACAUUGAAUAUGACAACAGAACAAGCUCAGCCACUUCAUAAUGAAACAAGCACCACCACAAAUACAACUACCGCUAGUACAACCAAAGCAGCAGCAACCACUACUACUACUUCGACUAUAACAACAACAUCAACAACAAUGAUAAAAGCAUCAACAACACCGCUAAUCAAUAAUCACACAAUAAGAGGAAAAUGUAGUUUAUGGUCAUCAUAUGAUUCAGAUGCAGUUUAUAUUUAUGAACCCUAUUCUAAUACAAUUUAUAAACCUGGCCAACAGGUUCAUAUCAGAUGGAGUUUGAAUAGCCAGUUUGAUACAUCAAUACAGAUACAAAUUAUAUUAAAGCGUGCACGAUUUGGUAUUGCUGAAAAUAUAUAUACAUGGUAUGCAGUAGCUGGACAAUAUUCUGCUUAUGUUAUAAUACCAUCCAAUUUAAUAAUAUCGACCGUUAAUGAUUAUUUUUUUGAUUUUUUUUGGUUUAAUAUCUAUCAUUCACCCUACAUAGUAUCAGAUUACUCCUAUCCAACCUCUUCAUCAAUAUAUUAUCCAGGUGAUACAGUUCUGAUACGUUGGAGUGUAAUUAAUGCUAAUUUUCCACCUGGUCAACAAAUAUUAUUACAUUUUAAUCGCCAUCGUUGGAAUCCCAUACCGGAUGAAAAAAUAGAUUCUCAAUCGAUAAAUCCAUUAUGGGGUUCUUGUUAUUAUACAAUACCAACAAAUUUAGAAAAACAAGCUAAUGAUGAUAAAUAUUACUUCAGAUUCGAUUGGAGUUCUUCUUACUGGAUAUCGAUAACUGAUACGUAUACAGCUGAUACACAAUAUAUAUAUGUCAUAACAAAACCCGUAUUAUAUCCCAUUUUACCAGCAACAGCUGACAGUUUUACAUUAGCUGAUACGAUUAAAAUAACAUGGAGAGCUAGAAAUUUUGAUUCAAAUUCUGAUUCAAAAUUUGUUAUUAAAUUAAAACGUUAUAGAUUUUUAAUAUGGGAUGAAGUCAUAUAUACAUUAACGGGUUCCAGUCCAUCAUCAGGUGUUCGUUUCGAUAGUUUAUCUUCAAUAGUAGAACCAUCUGUAGCUGACUUUUAUUAUUCAUUUAAUUGGUGUGGUUGGUGGUCGUUUGACUGUUCAGUUGAUGGUAAUCGUUUUACAAUACCUGUACAUACGAAAGGUGGAUGGAAUUAUAAUCAAUUAACAGAUAGAGCAUUAGCACAAAAACCUAUAUUUCAUGCUGAUUGUACAACAAGUCCAAAUGAUAUUGUUAUACGUUUAUGUAAUGAAAAGCGCCAAAUGUCAUUAGAUUUAACUUGUAGUAAUUGUUAUAUGAAAUAUGAUUAUAGUCUAUUAAAAUUAGAUUUAUUUGCUAGUGGUGGACAAUUAGGACAAAUGGCAAUUCAAUUUUAUUCAACAGCAACCAUUAAUUUAGAAUUAUUAUUAACAUCAAAUUUUAUUUAUAUUAAAACAGGUUCGAUACAAAUACCAACAAUACCAAUUCUCGGUUUUAGUUUUACAGUAUUUAGUAUAUCGUUUAAUUUGGGUUAUGUCUUAGAUGUGGAAUUACCAUAUAGCAUUGAAUUAGCAUCAAAUGGGCAUAUAUCAGCUGGUGUACAAUAUACAUUGAAUACAAGUAUUAAUUUACAAUAUUCUUUUGGAUCAUCAAUACAUGAUACGUUUGUUUCAUUAACACAAAAAAACUAUCCUGUUCAAGGUGAUUUUAAAGCUAGGUUAAUUAUUGAAAUAGGAUUAAAGCCGACAUUAAGUUUAGAAGCAGUUAUAUUUUCAGUUGGUAUAACAACCGAAGGUUAUAUAAGGUUGGAAAAUCAAUUCCAGUAUCCGCCAUUUUCAGCUUUGAUUUCAUCAGAAUACAAUUAUAAUCUAGCUAAUCCAUCAUUAUUUUAUUAUUCAAAUCCAAGUGAUGCUUGUAGUGUACAACAUUUUCUACAAUAUCAUAUACAAUUUGGUAUUAGAAAUACACGGUUAAUAUUUGAUAUUACUAUUGGUUCUAAUAUUCUAAAUUAUAUAUCAUCUCUUCGAACAUAUUAUGAAUCACAAUUAUUUUCAGAUUCAAAAAUAUUUGAAUUAGUUAGUGGAUGUUUAUUCACAGCACCCGAUUCUGAUUAUCCACAAACAGCUACUCUCUAUAUCGAUGUACCUUAUGACUCAUCAACAAUGUUAUCAGAAUAUGUUUCUACAUCGAUUGCUUAUGACCUGUCAACAGCAUUAAAUAUAGAUCCAACACGUAUAUUAUAUAGAGAAGCAAAUUCGUAUUAUGAUCAAAAUUUACGAAAACAAGUAACACAAAUUAAAGCAUCAUUAUUACCAUCUGUAUUAACAUUAAUAUCAGAUCCUGAUGUUAAAUCAUUAACACAAACAUUAUUAACACAAGAAUUAAAUCCAGCAUCAUUAUUAUAUUCAGGUGUAUGGACAAAGUAUUUGAUGAAAAAUUUAACUUAUCAAUCAAAUUAUGAUAAUGGACUAAUUACAACUACAACAAAAGGUUCAAGUACAACAUCAGGUAGGGUCUGCGAAGAAACAUCAGGUUUGGAAAGGAAAAGAAUUUGGGGUCUAAAUGUGAAACUCUUCCAGAAAUGA